UACUGGCGAGACUAAUCGGCUAGCCGUUUUGGACCGCCAGUCCACGGUUUCAUUCGGCGACUACACCUGCCCCACGCGCGCAGAUUGAGAGAAAAUGGCGGCGCCCAUGGGAGAUUUUUAUUCGACAUCGAAUGUUGGAGACGCAGAAAAAAUCCAUGUGAAUAGACAGAUUAGCGAGCUCCAAGUACUUCAGAGUGAACUUUCUUCACUGAAGAAAAAUGCAAAGGUCUACACGCAACAACAAAAUAGCAAUGUGUUCUUCCUCUCGGACAAAGCUCAUUGUCAAAGUCGGUGCAAGAGUCAGAUCGAGACAUUGGAAAAAAUGAAGGCAAAACAAGAGCAACGAUGACAAUUAGAA